GGGCAGACGGAGCGGGCACAUCAAACCGCUCAAUAAUGCUUCGCACACUCAUCCGUACGGAUCGGAAGGAUUGGGUGGACCGCCUCCCCGACAUCGAAUUCUCCUAUAACACUUCGGUGCACCCGGCGAUCGGCGUGACUCCAUUCGAGUUACACCACGGUGGCCGGAAGGGCCGCAUAUUCACUGAUCUUCCUUUUCCAAGGACUGCCGACAUUGACGCCGCUUGUUCGCCCGCCUUCGUUCGGAAGUAUAGGGACUUGCUGGCUAAAGCCCGCGCCAACAUGCAAAAGGCUCAAGUCCGCAUGCAACAGCAAGCUAACAGGCGUCGGGUGACAUGCCCCAUCCGUGCCGGCGACCUUGUUUGGGUCUCCACUGAAGAGUUUGCACUCGAGCAGGAUGUAUCCCGCAAGCUACUUCCAAAGUGGUUUGGACCAUGGCCCGUCACAUCAGCCGCAGGUGAUGAGCCCGAUGGCCCUUCAUUGGUGAUCGAAAUCCCGCCGCACCUCACAGUGCACCCGGUUUUCCACGCCUCCAAGCUGGCCACAUAUACACCAGCCAGGAGCGACGACUUCUCGGGACGACGAUCACAGGACCCUCCUUCCAUGGAUGGUCAUCAGGACGUCGACCGCGUCAUCACGCACCGCAAGCACGGCAACAAGCCUAUGCAGUACAAAGUCACAUUCAAGUGGUGCGACCCCGAUGACACGCGACGGAUUUCCCGGGCAGCUUUGCGAGCCUCCACUCCUGACAUCUAUGCUCAUUAUGAGAAGAAACGGCUAGCGACGGAAGCUGCACAACCUCCCACCCGGACUUCAGUCCCUCCCUCCACCAGACAGCUUCACCCUCGCAGUGGGAAAGACACUAGCCCCUACACCAAGGAGCAGCAAGAAAAGAUGGUCGCCUUAGUUAAAGAGAAUAGGGAGAGAAAAGAGCGCGAGAAGCAAGCGAAGUUAAAAGCGAUUGCAGAGGAACAGGCGGCGAAGAUGAAGGAAUUGGAGGAGGAGAUGGGGAAAAAGAAGAAGGCUGCUGAAGAAGAAGCGGCAGCAGAAGAAGAAAAAGAGAGGAUGAGAAUUGAGAGUGGAGAAGGGAGCAGUGGUGGCAUGAUGAAGAGGGAUAUAGAUGAUGAGAUUGAGAAGAAGAUAAGCGAGUGGGUCGCUAAUUUAUCGUUGGGAGAAGACGAGGAGGCGGAUUCCUAUGUAACUGAGGAAGAGAGGGAUGCGCUAGCCAGUGAGCUAGCAGCAAUGACAGAUCCAAUGGAACGGCGAGAAAGGGAGGAAGAGCAGAAGUUGGAAUGGAAGCUGAGGAUGAAGAGGGAGAAGAAGAGGAGGAGAGAGGAAGUGAACAAAAUGACCGCAGAGGUAGCAAAGGAUGACCUUCCUUUCGACAUAGUGCUAGGAAUGGAUUGGGAAGAGGCAGCAGGGGCCACACUCCAUUUGAGAGAGCAUGAAUGUAGGCUCCCUAGUCCAUCAGGCGAGGUUAAGACUGCCCGCCUAUUUCAUGUGUCAGGUGUAGACAACACCUUGGCACAUUGCUGUCUCAGUGCUCCUGCGUUCGCGCGAUUAGUGAAAAAGGAGCAGUUAGAGGACCAGGUCUUUGUAGUUUAUGUCAGACCUGUCACUGAGGCUAAGGAAGAAGUGAGUUCCACAGAUCCAACCAUAGCCAAGCUGUUGGAAGAGUUCAGAGACUUAACUGAGUCGCCGACAGGAGUAGUGCCGCGACCCAUCCAGCACAGGAUAGAAAUAGAGCCUGGCAGUAGAACUCCUAAGGGAGCAGUCUACAGGAUGUCCCCUAGAGAGUUAGAGGAACUGCGCAAGCAGUUAGACGAACUCCUUGAGAAAGGUUGGAUCAGGCCCAGUUCGUCUCCUUUUGGAGCACCUGUCCUGUUUGUCCCCAAGAAGGAAGGAGAGCUUAGAAUGUGUAUAGACUAUAGGGGUUUGAAUGCGAUUACUGUAAAGAAUGCUGAGUCGCUGCCCAGGAUAGACGAUCUCUUAGAUCGGGUGCAAGGUUGUAAGUAUUUCUCCAAGAUAGACUUGAAGUCCGGUUAUCAUCAGACAGAGGUCCAUCCUGAUGACCAGUACAAGACUGCAUUCCGGACUAGAUACGGGCAUUAUGAGUUCAUAGUGAUGCCCUUUGGACUAACCAACGCGCCAGCGACGUUUCAGUGUUGUAUGAAUGAUUUGUUCAGACCAUGGUUAGAUAAGUUUGUAGUAGUUUAUCUAGAUGAUAUCCUAGUCUUUAGUAAGACCCUCCAGGAGCAUCAGGGUCAUCUGAGGCAGGUCUUGGAGAAGCUACGAGAGGCUAACUUCAAGAUCAACGCAAAGAAGUGUGGGUGGGCCAAGACACAAGUCCUGUACUUGGGCCACAUAUUAGACGGAGAUGGCAUUAAGCCAGAGGACAGCAAGAUCAUGGCGAUUAGAGAUUGGCCGACGCCCCGCACGUUGACAGAGUUGCGGUCGUUCUUAGGCCUAGAUAAUUAUUAUAGAAAGUUCGUGAGGAACUUCUCCACUAUCGCCGCUCCCUUGCGUAGGUUGCUAAAGAAAGAAGCAAUCUGGCAAUGGGACAAAGACUGUACGUCUGCGCUCAAGAAGUUAAAGCGCGCGUUAAUAGAGUAUCCUGUCCUCGAAGUAGCUGAUCCGUCCUUGCCAUUUGUCGUCGCCACGGCCGCAAGCAAGUAUGGGAUAGGCGUCGUGUUGCAGCAGGAUGACGGCCAUGGCUAUAGACCCGUAGAGUUCAUGUCCACGAGGAUGCCCUCAGAGAAGGUAGCCACCUCGACGUACGAGAGAGAACUCUACGCUCUCAGGCAAGCUCUAGACCAUUGGAAGCACUACCUGCUUGGGAGGCACUUCAAAGUGUACUCUGACCAUGAGACCCUUAGAUGGUUAAAGACCCAGGCCAAGAUGACACCUAAGCUGACUAGGUGGGCCGCUGAAAUAGACCAGUAUGACUUUGAGCUCAAACCAGUAAAGGGCAAGUACAACGUCGUUGCGGACGCUCUGAGUAGGAGAUAAGACUACUUUGGGGCCAUAGUACACUAUCUGGAUAUAGGGAGAGACCUGCAGGAGAAGGUAAAGCAAGCGUAUGCGCAGGACCCUAUCUAUAGCGACCUCCUAAAGAGAGUUAGAGAGGCCUUAAAGACUGAACCAGAUUACCGCACUACAAACGGGUUGCUAUUUAAGAAGACUAAUGUGUUUGACCGCCUGUGCGUUCCCAAUAACGAAGAGAUUCGUAGUUUGAUCCUUGGGGAAUGCCACGAUAUCGAAGGACAUUUCGGUUGGCAAAAGACCUUAGCCAACCUGAUGCGUGCGUACACCUGGCCAGGAAUGAAGAAUGACUGGAUAG